GUAUUCAACGCUAGAAAAUGGCAAACACAGCUGUCAUGCAUAAAGCGAAGGAGGAGGACAUCCUCGAGUGUUUCCUUUACCCCAAGUUCUGCUACAUGACGGACCCGGACGCGGUAACGGAAGCGACGUUGAGUGAAGAAAUCGCCAAGUACAACGCGGAGAUCGCGCAGUUUAUCGUCGAUCAUAUUUGGCACUGCGACAGCUUAAAUUUCCGUCCUAGAACGAAGCAAGCAAUGUUGUUGAAUAGAAUACUCGAAGGAUCAGCUGUAGAGGAAGACUAUCACACCUUGCCCCACAUUUAUGCGAGUCUGCGUUUCGACGAGGACAUAGGCGACGAGUGGCUGACGGUGUUCCUGAUAUUUAGGCUUACCAAAGUUUUCAACGGAUUGAUCGCCAGAGUAGUGGACUCGGACGGGGAAUUUCUUCUGAUAGAAGCUGCCAAUGUUCUACCACUGUGGGCUAGCCCCGAGACAUGCCAAGAUCGAGUGUUCAUUCACAACGGUGACAUACAUGUCAUCAGGGAGAGGGGAACGUCAUUUCCGAAUCUGUUGAACAACAUAAACGGCAAGCCGUAUAUCUCCAAGAUGUUGGAGAAGGUUCAGCUUGUGUUGCAGAAACGAAUUGGCAUUUAUCCAGACGAGAUACAGAAAAGGAAGCACAAGACCAGAGCUUUCCUUCCGGAGAAAGCAGCCUCUAUACUUCGUUUAGAACCAAGACUUAUAGCCCCAGCGAUUAGAACUAUUUGUCACUCGGAUCCAUUGGAACGCAGGGUAUGUCGCGCCAUGAGAUAUUUUCCGCCUGAGCAACGAACCAUGGUCAAUCUGAAAAUGACCAAGUGUUUAUACGCUAUGGCAACGCACUGUCGUUAUACCGGUGAUCCAAGAACAGGUUGGAACAUACCACCCGCGACUUGCUCAAAAUACAAUGCUCAUGUUCUCGGAGUUAAGGUAGCAUGCGGUUUAGAGAUGCUAGUAGCCCGGGCCAAUGAAGAACGUAGGAAACAUACGAAAGAGAAGUCGGACGUUUCCGACGGCGCUGAGAAGUUAAAGCUGAACGAACCAGCCUUCGUCGCUUAUCUAGCUCGUUUAGAGGCGAACGGUUACUUUAGAGAUCUGUUGGAGGGUAGCCAGGAACGUGAUAAGUUGCUGUCCACAGCGAAAGAGUAUUUCUUGAAGCAUGCGACCUUGUUUGAUAAUCUAACGAAUUUACACGAAAGCGAUGCUCAAAAAGUCUUAGAAGCAUGGGAGAAUAUACAGACCAAUGACAUUGAAAUGCAUGCUCAAGACGAGACCACACUGAGUCCCGCGGAUAGCGACAGUUGGCUGAAUGUAGACCCGGCGCAAUUAGAAAUGUACUUAAACCAACAGUGGGGCAACGUGAAAGACAGGAAAUUGGAUCAGGAGUCUUUGAGUCUCCGAGAGAAGGUGCAGUCGUUCCUCAACCAAACCAGCGGUGUCGAUGGCGUGCAUUUCUUAGGGGAGCAAUCGAUGGAAAAUGAUGUGAUGCUAGACGCGGAGGAUAGUACGCGAAUAGAUUUCGACGCGGAUGUAUUCGACAGUGCACUGAGGGGUAUCCUUGAUUUAGUCGUGCCGGGAGGCGAAGGAGAGUUCGAAGGUAGCUCGGAGGGAUCGCUUGGCGGCGAUGACGAGGAUAAAGGCGGCGAUAUGGACAAGUAUAUGCGGCUGUUAGACUCGCAACUACAGUCGCAAAUGGUAAAAGAGGAGAGCGCCGUAGCGGCCGAGGAUAAGAAUGUCGCGGACCCCGUAGAGGCAAGUUUGCGAGAGAGUAUCGAGGCCGAAGCCGGCGGCUCCGGUCCGGCCGGAAAUCUAAUCGGCGGCCCGGUUCGGAGGCUCAUGCAUUUGCAGUUGCAAUCGCCUACGACGGUACCACCCGACUUGCAAAGUUAAUGGCACCUUUGACAGACGAUUGAUAACGAUUAAUUCACAUUGACUAAACUCGUCUCGUAUAAACAUUACUGCAACUCUCGCUUCAUUACAUUCUCUGCAAAGUACAUAAACAUUCGCCGAUACGAGACGAAAAAAGCCGAUAUAUCGUGAACUAAAAUCUUGUUACUAUCUAAAUAAUUAUUACAUUUAUUACUUAAAGUAUAUAUACUUAAUGUUAUUGAUCGAAGCACUUUUAUCACACGGUUAGUAUCAUCGAUACAUACUUAUAUAGAUCACGAUUGUACUUUCAUCACUCGGCUAUACAUGUAUACAUAUAUAUAUGUGUAUAUAUCUCACUGUUUUUCAUACAUGUUAUAUACAAGGCGUUUGUCCCGUGAUUCGUGUCUCAAGACACUAUAACAAGACAGUUCGACGAUGAAAAACCGAUAUAUUAAAAGUGUUUCUCUAUAUUGAACAGUUGGUUUUCACGAGCUAUUUUGUCGAUAUAUCGAGAUGCGAAUUACGACAUCUUGUAUAUAUAUACAUAUAUAUGUGUAUGUAUGUAUGUGUAAGAUGUUAUCACUGCAGGCCAUAGAGUUAGUCGGUAAGAACAAAGUAUUCUACUAUUUGUAUACGUAGCAUUUUGUU